AUGCCAACUUGCUACAAUACUGUAAGAAGCAUUAUGAACACCUUCGAGAUUUUCAGCGCAGCACAAGAUACGCUGACAAGCACAGUGUUGCGAGUGCGUGAGGACGAGAUGCACACAGCUGAUGUACUGCUGCUGAGUUUAGAUGCCAUGCAAGCCGUAAUGCUACUGUUUGUCAUGGCCCUUCUCCCAGUGCUAGUACGUGUGCGGAUCCUUUAUACCUUUUGCUGGGUAAUCUUUGCGGUUCUGGCUCACAUAAUCCAGUCGGAGGCAGCGAUUGGCAUGGCCACAUCACUUGGACUUACGAUAAUGAUGGGCUGGUACACGCUGCGUGCAUUCGACUGUACCGCGUUCAAAGGUAUCUUGCAGGGUUGGUUUGGCUUUCUAAGUAAGUACUGGCUCCUCCAAAUGCUUGCGAAUAUCGUGGACCUUGUUCUACAUUUGGGUGUGCCAGUCAUAUUUGCAUUCUGCUACUUACCGCUAGUGCGGGUUUGGAUGACUGCUCCUAUCUUGCUAUUCUCUCAAUUUUGGAUCAAGCUGGUUGCUGGUGGAAAUCUUUGUUUGACUGGCAAUGAGAUCUAUCUCUUCGAUCCACCGCGUCCCAACACCUUUUGGCUGACAGUCCAGAAGAUUGAGAUGGUUUACAACUGUGCAAUUCCAACAUUGUGCGUGCUUGUCUGUAAAACAGGUUUUCACGAAUUUGUCGUUUGCUGCUUUAUCGAGUCGAAACAUUAG